CUCGUGAUUCAUGACAUUUGGAAAACCCUCCCAUGGAGCCAGACAUGCGGAAAGUCUACAAUGGCCUCUGGCUCACUCUGACCAUUGUAACUGUUCUGGUUACACGACAUACUUUUGCAGUGGUGGAUUCGCUUGGCUGUGUCAGUUAUAAUACAUCACUCUUACCAUUUAUUGCUCUCAACGUUACGCUGCUGACUACACACAAAGUUGCCGCAUCUGUCAUCCUGUCAGCUGGUUACUAUGACGGAAUUAAUGUGUAUAUAUACGACGGAGGAAAUGAGCUGUCGUCAGGAUCAGUGAACCUCAGUCGUCACACGUUCGGACCAGGAAUCCUUUUAGUCAAUCUGACCAAUCCGCUAACCGUUGGCGAAACCCACGAUGUCACCGCCAGAACAAGAACUGGAUCUGUGUGCAGCUAUUCUGCUAAAUCUGUGCAAGCUACUGUCAUAGAGCAACAAGGCUCUGUCGUCGUCACCACUCCAGCCCCUCUGCAGACAACAACUCCGGUAUACGUUCCAUCAACACCCACGUUAGCCAGUGCCGUGGAAGAGUCUGGUGGUAUCCGGGUCACGUGGACAACAGACACAGGUCAGCUUUACAACAUCAUUGUGACUGCCCAGCCUUCAAGUGGUGCUCCUGUCACUAAGGAGGUGUCGGUAUUUGGUAACCAGCCACAGAGUACCACAAUUCCUACAGAUAGGUUGGUCAAAGGUCAGACCUACACUCUAUGGCUGAUAGCAGAGUCUAGAGGUGUCCAGUCUUCCAGGUCUUCACCACUCACGGUCACACUGACCCCUUCCCGGCCGGUUCUUCUGUCCAUCACUCCCUCUUCAGGAGAUCAGACUAUUGCUGUGAGAUGGCGGAAUGGAGGAGGCAUUGUAGACAGAUUCUAUGUGAGAAUACAUGACACUUUGGGCUGGUCAAAAGAAGAUGAAGUUCCCUACCGGAAUACCACUGAUAAAUAUUGUCAUGUAUUCAAAGCUCCAAUGCCUGGGGUAUACAACAUGCUGGUGAAGUCACAUUCUGGACAAUUAAACUCAUCGUACGUGGAAUUUCCAAGCGUAACGUUAAACCCUUCCCCUGUCAACAUCUCAGUCCAGUCUAAAACUUCCCGGAGUAUACAGCUGAACUGGCAGAGGACAGAUAACAACAUAAGAAGUUACAAAAUGGUGGUGUCUUGGGGUGGAAGCUGUGUUCAGACCGUGUAUUUUGCUGAUGAGCUUCUUUUCCCAAAUCCUACCUCUCCCUGCGUAUCCGUGAGAACAGAGGUCUUCGAUGUUAACAAUGCUGAUAUCACCUACAACAUCACUGGACUGCUUCCCUACACUGAAUAUCAGUUAGCCCUCUAUGUCACAUUUCUGUCGGGAAACGAACCUAGCCGGCUUAACGUUAUGACAGAAGUGGGAGUGCCAGCUGAGGUGUAUGAUAUUCGCGUAACAGUGAAAGAAACUAAGAAUGUGAGUGUAUGCUGGAAGCCGCCAGAGCCUUUCCCUGGUCCUACAAGCUACACACUGACCCUAGUGGAUCUGGGAGAGGAGCUACAGCAAGAUAGAGAGCAAGUUAUCGCUGGUAAGUGA